AUGCAGGUAACAUCUUGGCACUCCUACGUGCUCUCGGGCAGCCCCGAGAUCGGCUCGCCAUGCCUCGAGAGUGAGAAGGGCAGCCCAAUCCCAACGGCCCGACAGGCCAUUGUUGCGCAGGCGACGCAAGUUGCAACGCCGGUGGCAACGCCGAUGGCAGCUGCUGUGGCAAUGCCUGCGGCGCUGCCGGUGCCUAUUCGACGACCGGUCGUGGUCAAUCAUCUGCCUCAAAAGUUCAUGCCCUGCCCUUACCCGGCGAGGAGUGCGCAGGCGGUGCCGCAGACCCGCGUGACGCCGGUCGGUGGCAUCAAGUGGGUGCGCGUGAUCCCAGGAGUGCCAGCGCCGCGACUUCCCCAACCGACGGUGGUGGUGCACUAUCUGCCAGUGGCCCGAGUUCUUGCGCCCACGGCAAGCUACAGUCCGCUGGCUCAGGGCAUGGAGUGCAGAGAGGCAUGUUGUUGUGCUGCAUCCGCGUUGUCCCUCCGCUAG